AUGGCUGUGUCCAAUGACACAGAAGUGACUUUCUUCAUCCUCUCUGGAUUUGCAAACGACCCUGAAAUCCAAGUCAGUCUUUUUUUGAUGUUCCUAUUUAUUUAUCUAUUCACUGUCCUCGGGAACCUUGGACUAAUCAUGCUAGUUAAAAUUGACUCUCAGCUUCAUACACCUAUGUACUUUUUCCUGAGCAAUUUGGCAUUCAUUGACCUAUUGUAUUCCUCCACCAUUACCCCCAAGUCUCUGGUCAAUUUUCCAUCCAACCAGAAAACCAUCUCCUUUGUUGGCUGCUUUGUCCAAAUGUACUUUUUUGUCGGUCUGCUGUGUAGUGAAUGUUUUCUUCUGGGAUCCAUGGCCUAUGACUGCUAUGUAGCAAUCUGUAAUCCCUUACUCUAUUCAGUGGUUAUGUCCCAGAAAGUGUGCAGCUCGCUGGGAAUCAUACCCUAUGUUGUUGGUUUCACAAUUUCUCUGGUAUGCAUUUGUGUGAUAAGCAGUUUGACAUUCUGUGACUCCUGCAUUAAUCAUUUUUUCUGUGACACCCUUGUCCUUUUGGCCCUGCCCUGUGUGGAUGCAUUCAGCACACAGAUGAUGAUCAUUGUAUUAGCUGCAUUCACUCUUCUUAGUUCUCUUCUGAUCAUCACCCUCACUUACACUGCCAUCAUGUCAGCCAUCCUGAGGAUACAGUCUACAGCAGGCAGGCAGAAAGCCUUCUCCACCUGCACAUUCCACCUAAUCGGUGUAAUCAUCUUCUAUGGGUCCCUGGUUUUCACAUAUUUAAAGCCUGAUAACACUUCCUCCCUCACCCAGGCACAGGUGGCAUCUGUAUUCUAUACCAUUGUCAUUCCAAUGCUGAACCCACUGAUCUAUAGUCUGAGGAACAAAGAUGUGAAGAAUGCUUUCUUGAGAGUCACUCACAAAGAACAAUUUCUGUGA